GGCGAGGGGGUGGGGGAGAGAACUCCCCGGCUCGUACCUCUGCGCCUGGAUUUUAAACGGGAGGAGGAGCGGGUGUGUGAGGGCAGAGGACAGCGAGAGGCUGCCGAAUGCCAGAGAUUCAACAGAGGACAGGAAAAAGGACUCCGCUUUGCCUAACCUAACAGGGAUUUAUUUGGUGAGUGCAGGUUUUACUGAGCCUGUGUCCGCAAAGAUGCCAGAUAAGACACCAGGUGGUACAGAACCUGUCCCCAGGAAUGAAGAUGACUUCCACUUAGCUCUUGAUGUUUUACCAGCUGUGACAGAGGCGAUUGACUCCAAGACGAAAGGGGAAGAUUUGCACAAGGAGAGCAGAGCUUUUCGCUACUGUGAAAAAAAGACCAUGGACCUGUCAGACAGUGACCGUCCUGUCAGCUUUAGCUCCACUUCCUCCUCCUCUUCCUCCAGGGACAGCCACUGCUCCUUUGGAAGCAGAAUGACUUUGGUUUCAAAUAGCCACUUGGGCUUGUUCAACCAGGAUAAAGAAACAGGUGCCAUCAAGCUAGAACUCGUCCCGGCUAGGCGAUUUUCCAACAACAAGCCAUGCAAAGGGUCCUCUGUGGAGCAAGAGGAACCUGAGGAAAAUCUUGAAAAAAGGCUGAGCAUGCCAAGGAAAGCAGAACCAAAAGGAGCAAGUAAAAACUGUUCAAUGUCCCUGGUCACAGAGCCCACCAGUCCAAAGCUCCUCUACGUGGACAGAGUUGUCCAAGAGAUUCUGGAGACAGAGAGGAUGUAUGUGCAAGAUCUAAAAAGCAUUGUGAAGGAUUACCUCGACUGUAUCACUGACCAGACCAAGCUCUCCCUGGGGACAGAAGAGCGAUCAGCCCUGUUUGGAAACAUACGGGAUAUCUACCAUUUCAACAGUGAACUUCUGCAAGAUUUAGAAAACUGCGAAAAUGAUCCUGUGGCUAUAGCAGAGUGUUUCGUUUCCAAGAGUGAAGAUUUCCACAUCUAUACGCAGUACUGCACCAAUUACCCAAGGUCGGUGGCUGUGUUGACAGAGUGCAUGAGGAACAAGAUGCUGGCCAAGUUCUUCAGAGAGCGGCAAGAAGUGCUUCAGCAUUCUCUGCCCUUGGGCUCGUAUCUCUUGAAGCCUGUCCAGCGCAUCCUCAAGUACCACCUGCUUUUGCAUGAAAUAGAAAACCACCUUGACAAGGACACUGAGGGCUAUGAUGUGGUGCUGGAUGCCAUAGAUACAAUGCAGAGAGUAGCAUGGCAUAUAAAUGACAUGAAGAGGAAGCAUGAACAUGCCAUCAGGCUCCAAGAGAUACAGAGUUUGCUCACUAACUGGAAGGGGCCAGACCUCACGAGUUAUGGGGAGCUGGUGUUAGAAGGAACAUUUCGCAUUCAACGAGCCAAAAAUGAGCGCACGUUGUUCCUUUUUGACAAGCUACUGCUAAUUACAAAAAAGAGAGAUGAGAUGUUUGCAUACAAAGCCCACAUACUGUGUGGGAACCUGAUGCUUGUUGAAGUAAUACCAAAGGAACCCCUUAGCUUUAGCGUCUUCCAUUACAAAAAUCCCAAGAUGCAACAUACUGUCCAGGCAAAGUCACAGCAAGACAAGCGCCUCUGGAUUCUUCACUUGAAGAGGUUAAUUCUUGAAAAUCAUCCUGCUAAAAUUCCUGCCAAGGCCAAGCAAGCAAUUCUAGAAAUGGAUGCCAUACAUCACCCAGGCUUCCACUAUAGCCCUGAGGGAGAAAUGAAAUCAUUGUACCAGCCUAAAGAAGGCACUGCUCCUCACAGAGUGGGAAGGAAAUCAGAACCCUCAUCAAGAGUCCAUAAAGUUAUGAAGUCAAAUGAUAUAAAUCCUGAUAUGCAGAAACGGAUCAGUAUUGAAGGAGCCCUAUUGUCUCAAGCCACCAAACUAGGAUCAAAUGAAGCACUACUGAAUUCUAGGAAAAAGGUUCCAUUGGAACCCAGUGAGCUGGAGAGCCAAUUUCAAGAAUCCGUUGAGCCAGCCUACAGCAGUGAUCAGGAAGAAAAUCUUCAGACUUCUGCUACAGAACAGAUUGAUGCUGAUGAUGAAGAAGAGUCUGAACAGGGAGUGCAACAAAACUCACUGCAGAAAUCAAAAGGGGGAAGAAAAAGACUUAAUAGUCAAGCAGCUGAAAAUGUUGAAAAGCGGAGAAGUGUUAAUCUCAGCAAGUGUGAAACGCAGAGCUCCAAGGACCCUUUGGAUGAGGAGUCAAUCCAGUUGAAUACUGAUCUUCCCUUCUCUUGUGCAACUAGACAGCCACAGUCACAUGGACAAUUCAGCACCUCCCAGAGCAACUCACUAAUCAUGAAUAUCCUGGGGGGAGGUACCUCUGUCAGGAAUAUCUGGACUGACCACCAGAUCAGGCAGGCAUUGUUUCCCAGCCGGCGCCCGCCUUACGACAAUGAAGAUGAUGAAGAUGAUUAUCAGAUGUUUGUACCAUCAGUGUCUACAUCCAAUGCUAAUUCAUCUGUGGGUGGAGAAAGGAGGGGUCCUUCUGGGCGUCCAUGCAGCUGGCACUUGGGGACAGGGCAUCAAAGUGAGAGUUCUAGCCCCACUCGUCACAAAAUUGUUAGACGAGCCAGUAGCGCUGGUGAAAGUAACAUGUGUCCAGCCAGUGUAAGGUAUAAAAUAGGGGAGCAUGGUUCUCGAAGGGAAGUGAAGAGAGCAGAGGUAAGCAGUAUGAAUGCAUAUCCUGAAUCUUCAGAAGAGCUGACUGUCGAUGAUAUUGAACAUGUUUAUGAUAAUAUAAGCUAUGAAGACUUAAAGCUGAUGGGUCUGACAAGAAGGGAGGAACCAGACCACGGUCCCCAGAGAUCUGCUAGGGACUCUCUCUACGAGGCUGAAAACAAAAGCACUUUAGAUUCACCCUCUAAAAAGAGGAUAGCAAAUCAAAACAGGGCCUCCAUUUGUGCUAACAGAGAUGAGAUACUACUCAGUAGAGAAGCACCCGCUUCAAGUUUGGACGAGCUCAGGAUCGUUGAAGACAAUAUCUAUGACACCAUAGUGCUUCCAGAAAUGCCGCUACUGAAUUUUAAACGUGACUCCUUAAAAUGCUCUAAAAGGAGUUUUCUGGGUCUGGACAAAGACUUUGCUUGUUGUGACAAUCUACGUCAGUUUGUUUCUGAAGAGAGUCUCCAGUUCAGUGAAGAUGAAAGUCUUUAUCAUCGUGUUCCUGUUGACAAUGACUAUUUGAGCUUAGUCGAUAGCUCCUCCAACUCGGAUUCACUGUCCCAUAAAUCUGCAGCAGAUAAACUCUCAGAAGAAGUAGAUGAGAUUUGGAACGACCUGGAGAACUAUAUCAAGAAGAAUGAGGAAAAGACAAGAGACCGCCUCCUUGCAGCCUUUCCUGUUUGUAAAGAUGAUACACAAGAAAGACUGCAUGUUGGUAGUACACCUGAAUUGAGUAAAGAUGUGGAGUACUCCCUGUCUACCCUUUCUCUACCUGAAACUCCUGUCUUCCCCAAAAACGUGAAGCCCAGGGCUGCCACCAUAAGUGAGGCUAAUCUCAGGCUUGAAGACACUACACUGUGCAAGGAGAACUCUUUUAUGAGUCUGAACAGAUCUUCCUUCUCCACUGAGAUGCCUUUUGUAGAUAGCCCAUUUGAAUCCGCCAACAGUGUUCUGUCUCACGCACAUGCAGAGGGCAUGGAAAAUGACUUGGCUCUUGUGGAUAAAACGAAGAACAGAGUUUUUAUGAUGGCAAGGCAGUACAGUCAAAAAAUUAAGAAGGCUAACCAGCUUUUGAAAGUUAAAAGUUCAGAGCAGGAACAACCAGGUAGCAGACAACAGAAACUAAAACACAAAGAUCUUGCUGCUAUUCUGGAGGAGAAGAAACAAGGGGGUCCUGCUAUUGGUGCCAGAAUAGCUGAAUAUUCCCAGCUUUAUGACCAAAUUGUCUUUAGAGAAAAUUCACCUAAGGUCCAAAAGGAAGCCUGGGCCACUCCUCAGGAGCCAUCAGCUGGGAGAUUUUCCAGUCCUGUGGCUGCAUCUUCUCCCCAUUCUCAGGCUGCCAGCGAAUGCUCAAGAGCAGAUUGGCUUCUGCAUUCUACAUACAGUAACGGUGAGCUGGCUGACUUCUCUCCAUGGCCUGAAUCCCAAGACCCAAAAUCUAAGAGCUUGUAUGCAGAAGCUGGUACUAAAAGCAAUUCAAGGCAGUUGCCAUCAGCUGGUUCGGUACCUUCCCUUCAGAUUUCUAACCGUUUACACGUCCCAGCGCAGAGGUGGAGCGCCAUUAUAAGCCAACCAAACAAAGAAAAUUUACGUCAAGAUCACAUUUACAACUCCCUUGGGAGAAGAGUAAGCAACGUAAAACCCCAGGCAUACAGCAGGUCACAGUCAUCUUCCUCAAUUGUGGUCAACAGGUCUGGAGAAGCAAUUGUGUAUCCUAAUGAAAUGGACAAGAAAAAGCUCCAUUCAAAUAGGAACUUCCGAUUCAACAGCCGUCAAACGCCAGGUAUUGCUUCGGGAUCCAUGGGGCCUGAUACAAGAAAGCAGAUCCCUGAGAACUGUUCAGAUAUGAUUCUGCAGGAUUCCCAGAAGGUCCUGAGAGUGAACAAGGCUUCCCCUCUGACAGCACAGAUGGCCACCCAGAACUACUUUUCGAAUUUCAAAGAUACUGAAGAGGAAGGGGAUGAUGAUGACUAUGUGGAAAUAAAGUCUGAAGAUGAGGGAUCUGACCUGGAGCCUUCUCGGAACCAAACAAAGAAAUCGGAUCCUGAGCUGUGUAACACAGACACAGCUCCUGAAAUGCUCUGCAGCAAAACUGUCUCUUGCACUCCUGCAAAGUUUGCCAGCAGCAAACACACGCUUACCCCUUAUCUGACUGCAUAUAGUGACUCGGAUAAACUGAAUGACUACCUAUGGAGAGUACCGUCUCCUAAUCAGCAGAAUAUUGUUCAGUCUUUAAGAGAAAAGUUUCAGUGUCUCAGUUCAAGUAGCUUUGCUUGAUGCUUUUGGUCAUUUCUAGCUGUACUUCCUUAUUGUGACUGAGUAUAUACUAGGACAAUCAGUACUGCCGUCAUGUAUUUCCAUAAUAUUACACAGUUGGGCAUUUUAUCACAGUAAUAUUGUAAGUAGAUGUGAAAUGUAUCUUUUUUAAAAAUGGCUUAGAAUCCUGGAAGUGAAAAAGGCCACGUGAGCACUGUCUGGUGUGUCGCUCCUAAGUGAAGGUGGACUUCUCGUCUCCUGUUUAACCGUCUUCCCUGUUAGGUGUGAUACCUCUUGAUUCUUACCAUUGAACCAGAUGUCAUGCCAUUUGAUUCUUAAACCAUUUUAUCAUGUGGAAACCUUAGUAUUUGGACUUCUUAGUUGGUAACUAGUGUUCUGCAUCUAAAAUACCCAUGUGACUACUCUGGUUACAUACAGGAGCAUUUAGCUGAGCAGAUGCUCCUGUAACUGCAGAUUUCUGAGCAGGGUUCCAAUAAUUACACCAACAUGCUACAUGUGCAAUUGCACGUAAUUUUUGCACGUUACCUUUUGUCAGACAGAUUCCAAGUGUGUGGGACCAAUACAUUUGCUAUGUUACUUUAGGACAGGCUUUUUAUGUUUUAAAAAAAGUAGUCCUAGUGCUUAUGAGGGGUGCCAGACAGCCCCAUGUCUGAAGCCUCUUCAGCUUUCUGUAACUGUAUAGUAGGCAGAGGAUAGGCAGUGGCGGCUUUCUAUAUGAAUCUCUGGAUGUGAUGUAGUCUUUGCCUGGAGUAGAAGCAGAGCUUGCCUGCUUGUAGACAGGGGCAGACCAAGUUUGGCUUCUCCAGUGGUAGUGUUUUUGACAGGGAAAAUUUCAGUAUCUCUUGUAGCUCAGAGCCCAGCAGUUUAAAGUUGCUGUAUGUGAGUUUAUGAAGUAGCCGUAUUUUAUACGCAGUGGCCUGCAGGGCAUUUGUUUGAGUCCCCAAGUCAAUAACUCCGAAAGAGAAUGAGGCUUGGCCAGAUGCUUGCGUGAAACGUUCAUCAUGGGGGAUGUUUGCCCCACAGGAUUGUUUAGCAAUGCUGCUGAUUGAGUGACAAGCUGCCUUCUCCAUGAAGUGUAUCUCCUAGGGUAGGAAACAACCCUUCCUGGCAGAGAGAGGUAAAAUAUGUAUUUCCUAAACCAGCCAGGGCUGAUGCUAAUCCAAGCCAUGUACAAUAAAAGAGCUUAAAAAGUGAGAAUACAUUCCAUUCCGUUGCAAAUAAUGCAUAGAAUAAAUGCUGCCAUUUGGAACAAGAACAGGCUUUCCAACACUCCCCUUCAUCACCUUUGUGGCACAGCUUUGGAUUCUGUUACUUGAAAACAUUGAUGCUCAAGGAAAGCCUAAAUACGUCUACACUGACCAUCUUGUGUGACUUGUGCUUUUUUGGUGCUUAAAUUCUUCACAUUACAUGGGUAAAGCCAGUACUGAGUUAAACAUAUUGCUAAAUAAAGAAGUUUCAUUGAAAUACUAUUUUUACUAACCAAGCAUCACUCCCGUCAGCAACAGAGCACUGUACUUCUAUUUACUACAUUGGUUACUGUGAGGAAAACCUGAAGUCAUCAGCGUACAGCUAAUUACUUGCAGACCUGAGAUUUAAGGACUUGAAUUUGUUAGAAUGGAUUAAAUUAUUUACCGCACGUAAUUGGCUAGGACUUGUUAUUUUGAGGGCUGGUUGGUCAUGGUGCUUACUAGCUUGUGCCACAGGGAUACUUGUUACAGUCAGCACAUCCACUGUGAUGAGACCCACAUCUAUCUAGUAAAAACCUGACUGCAAAAUCAUGUUGUACAUAUUUAAGAUGCCGAGGUGUAGCAGAGCUCGUAUUUAUUUAAUAUAGCUUGUAAAGUAUUGUAAAUACAAAUAGAAGUUAAAUCUGUGCUUUACCCACACACGUCUAGAUUUGUUUAAAUGGCUAGGGGAAUGCUGUUUAACUCACAUCUCAUGCAAUUGAUGGAGUUGGGAAGGGGCGAGGGGAAAAGCAAACAAAAAAAAAAGGGACUUCUACUAGCGUGUAACUUCUCCCAGGGACCAUUUCAUACUAUUUGUAAUAAAUGUUGAGUAUGCAAAA